AUGUUUAUUCUAACAGGAAGUUCUGAUGGAACAAUCAUUGAAAAGUUAACAGACAAUGCCAAGGAGCUGAUUACUAUAGCAAAUUCUGCCUUCACAGAUAUAACAGAGGAGUUGACUAAAGGAAGUCUUGAGAUUAAGUAUUUAAGGAAGAUCCUAAACAGAGAGAGUGAUUUUCUUGUUUUGGUUAAAUUAUGCCCUGCUGAGAAUAAAACAUACAAAGAUGAAAAUACUAUGAAGAAAAUACUUAAAUGGCGUAAGAUUGAACUUCAAGCUCUCAUGCAUGAAAAGGAAUUGGUGGCCAGCUUUCUUACAAUGUGCGAGAAAAUAAAUGAAUAUGUGAAAGUGAGCAUAAAAUCUCUGCAAAAAAGGGCUUCUCAGAAUAUUGAUGAAGAAAAACUCAGUGAAACAGUUGUCAUACACCUACUGAAUGACAAUAACACUGACAAUCUGGGAUCUGUUUCUUACUUUAACUUGGAUGCUAAAAUAAGAGACAUGGCUGAAAAAAUCCACACUUUCAAAGACUGUCAUAUCUUUCAAACCUUUUGGGAGAACAAAGCAAAAACCUUGGCAGUAACAGAUGCAAACACAAGUCAGAUUAUUCCUGACACAUUUUUGAGUAUCACUACUGCAGAAGAGGUAUCAGAGAAAAUUUUUGAACCUUGUUUUGAGGAAUACCGCUGCAUUUUUGAACAAAUUAAGAAUGGAUCUAUCACAUUUGAGGAAGUGGAUACAGUAUUUAAAGACUAUAAAAAUUCAUAUGAAAAUCUUACUAAAGAUCUUCAGAUUAUGAGCAGACUGGAAAAAGACAGCAACACAAUGUGGGUGACUAGUCGAGUUCAACAAAUCCAGCAGUAUCACCAGUUACAUCUUGCAGUGGAAUCAGCUAAUGUCAUUCUAGAAGUAAAAGGAGCACUUGGACUCAGUGGAAACUUCGAAAUACUACAGACAAUUUUGGAUUUGAAGUGUGAAGACUUCAAAAAAGAUACCCUUGAUCGCAUUGAUAAUGAGCUUAUUAAGACCAAAGAAAUACUAACAGACAUUACAGACACACGGCGAAAGUGUUUAUUUGAAUUGGGAAAUAAAAGAAACCUAAUUAACUGGGUGAAAGAGUCUCUUGAAGAUAUUAAUGAACUGAAAGUUUUUGUGGAUUUGGCAUCCAUCUCUGCUGGAGAGAAUGACCUUGAUGUGGAUCGUGUGGCCUGCUUUCAUGAUGCUAUUCUUGGUUACUCAUCCAUGCUUUAUGACUUGAAACCAGAUGCUGGGUUUAAUGUUUUUAUGGAAUCAUCAACAAAGUUGUGGAAGGCACUAGAAAGCGAUCCAGAUCUUCCAAAGAAGCUGCAUGACACGGCCCGUCAUCUAGAAUGGUUGAAAUCUGUGAAGAACAGCCAUGGUUCUGUGGAAUUAUCCUCAUUGUUUUUGGCUACAGCUAUUAAUAAUAAAGGCAUAUAUAUCAUCAAAUCACAACAUAAAAAGGUAAAAAAAAUAUCUCUAGAAACCACUUUACAAUUGAAAAUGCCAGAGGAGCAUGAAGAAGGUGUUCUAGAAUUUCGGAACUAUUCCUUAGAAGACAUCAAAGAGCUUCAAAAUAAGCUAAUGCUGAUGUCUGGGAAAGGUGAACAGGGGAAGUCUGAAGUAGACCAUUUUGUGGAGGUAUUUUCAAAUGUCCAGAGACUUGCCAGAACUUUUAUUGAUUUAUACUCUACUGGAAAUAUGCUUUUCAGAGAAUGGGAAACAACCAUUACUUGUUCUGAAAAUAAAGAGGCAUGUCUGGUUAUGGAUUUUCAUCUGGAAGACAAAAUAAAUAAGAUAGUUGUAACGGGUGAAGCUGUAGAAGUGCUUCCAGAACUUUGCCGAAGGAUGGAAAAGUGUUUUGAGUCUUGGAAAGUUUACAUAGACAGAAGCAGAUCACAAAAUUAUUUUUUAAACUAUUACACUGCUGAGCAAAUUGUUUUCUUGUGUAAACAAUUAUCUGAUAAAAAUUGGAACAAGUUAGAGGAUCAAGCUCUAAUAAUGCUUUCAUUCAUCAAGGCUGAUUGUACUCUUGAUGAUAUCAGAGAGGCCUGCCAUCAGUGGACUUCUAACAAUUUUGGUAAACAUUCUUCAAAGGAGGACUGUGAUAUAUAUCUUGAACCUUUUCAAUUAGACGUCACCAUGGACAUCAGUAGGUCCUUAGAGUCUUUCCUACAUUCUAUAAAAGACAGGUACAAAGUUAGAAAUUUUCCAGGUCUACUUUCUAAUUUCAAAGCUGUAGAUCAGUUAUAUCUAAUUUGGAUUUUUUACAUCAACAAUAUGGAAUACUUUCUUCCACACUGUUUAAAGGUCAGCACAUUAGGGGAACUACUGGCAGUUUUGGGUAACAUGCAGAAAAAUGUGGUGUGCAGGAAAUGGCCGACAUUUUUGCAAGAAGGACGUCCAAACCUCAUUAGUUGCCACCCUUCUGAAGUUCUCCUGUCUUCAUUGUAUAUCUACAUGUACAGUGGAAAUGAACAGCUGCCAACCUAUGAUGAAGUCCUUUUGUGCACAGCUGACACAGCCUACGAACAAGUAGAACUGUUCAUAAGAAGAUGCUUAUCCACACCGUACAAGGACAGCAAGAUUUACACAAUGUUAUAUGCUGAUCGGCUGCCGUAUGAAGUGGGUUUCAGGUUUGACCAGCUCUUUCAAAGACUUGAAAAGCAAAGCAAGAAGGAUUACAAAUUGGUGGUGAUCUGCAGCUCUGCUGGGGAACAUUGCUACAUUCCUUCAGCAUUUAGUCAGCACAAGGUACACAUAACACUACAUGAACCACUUGAAAAAAUCCAGACAUAUCUCUCCAGUUGCUACAAAGUCCCAGAGUCAGUAUCGUCUGCAGCUUCUGUAUUCAAAGACAGGAUGUUUGUGGGAAUUGUGUCUUCGAAAAGAGCAGGUGUUGGAAAAUCCCUAUACAUUCACAGACUUUUUGAAAAACUACAGGAGAAAAAAAAUGGAGCUGAUUUGAAAUGUAUUAGACUGACUGAACCAAAAGUUAAUGAAGACACAAUAGUUCAGUCCUUAUUGUCUGUGUUAAGUGCCUCCUCUAAGAAGAAACCAACGAUUUUCCAUUUUGAUGUCACUUCUUCAGUGAAAAAAGGUCUAACUGAGUUUCUUUACAAAAUAAUGGUUCUGCAUUAUUUAAUGGAUUCAGAUGGACAAAUGUGGGUAUGCAGCAAAACUAAUCUUUAUGUCAUUGAGAUUCUUGAAACAUUUGAAGUCCCCAAAAAAAACAGCAGACAUGGGUCCAGUGCUCAUCAGUAUAGUUUUUUGGAUAUCUUCGCAAAGAUUUUUUGCAGACCACCAAAGGAAGUAUUUGAUCUUGAAAUGAACAAGCAAGAGAACUCUUCUUCAGACCCAUUAAUGGAUGACAAGGAAUUUAAAAGUGAAGCAUUUCAGAGACCCUAUCAGUAUCUUAAAAGAUUUCACCAUCAUGACAGUCUUGAUAGUUUUACUUACCAUGGUGUUGAAGGAACACAUGUUGAGUGCUUACAGUUGUUUUUUAUAUAUUGUGGCAUAGUGGAUCCAUCCUGGGCAGAGUUGAGAAACUUUGCCUGGUUUCUGAAUUUACAGCUAGCAGAUUGCGAAAACUCAGUUUUCUGUGAUUUUAAUUUGGUUGGUGAUACUUUACAGGGUUUUAAAACCUUUGUAGUUGACUUCAUGAUUCUUAUGGCUAGAGAUUUUGCAACACCCUCACUUAAUAUCUCAGACCAGAGUCCUGGAAGACAGCAAGUAAAUUGGGAUGGAGUCAAUGAAGAUGAUCUUGCUCCUUUCCGUAUUAGAAAGAAAUGGGAAUCAGAACCGCAUCCUUAUAUUUUCUUCAAUGAUGAUCAUGUUUCCAUGACUUUUAUUGGUUUUCAUCUCCAACCAAAUAACCAAAAAGGGGUUGAUGCUAUUAAUCCUAAAAAUGGCCUGAUUAUAAAAAAAAACAUUAUGACUCGGCAGCUCUAUGAAGGUCUUAAACUUCAAGGAGUUCCAUUUAACAUCAACUUUGAUGAACUUGAAAGACGUGAGAAGAUAAAGCGUAUUUGCAAUGUUCUUGGGAUACAGGACCCUUCAAGACUUGAUGAAACCUAUGAACUGACAUUAGACAACAUAUUAAAGAUGCUUGCCAUUCACAUGAGGUUUAGAUGUGGUAUUCCAGUUAUUAUAAUGGGAGAAACUGGAUGUGGGAAAACAAGGCUUAUCAAGUUUCUCUGUGAGCUGCGAAGAAGUGGUGCUACAACUGAAAAUUUGAAAUUAGUGAAAGUUCAUGGAGGAACAUCUGCAGAAAUAAUUUAUUCUAAGGUCAGAGAAGCAGAGCUGUCUGCUACUGACAAUAAGCAGAAAUAUGGCUUUGAUUCUGUUUUAUUUUUUGAUGAGGCCAACACAACUGAAGCUCUAAGCAGCAUUAAAGAAGUUCUUUGUGACAAAACUGCUGAAGGAUAUCCUCUUAUUGCUAAUUCAGGUCUGCAGAUCAUAGCAGCCUGUAAUCCCUACAGGAAGCAUACAAACGAGAUGAUUGAACGCCUAGAGUCAGCAGGCCUCGGGUAUAGGGUCAGAGCUGAAGAAACUGAAGAGAAGCUUGGUUCUAUUCCACUGAGGCAGCUUGUGUACAGAGUGCAAGCAUUACCUCCAAGCAUGAUUCCUCUAGUCUGGGACUUUGGUCAAUUAAAUGACCAAACCGAAAAAAUUUAUAUUAAGCAAAUAGUACAAAGAGUGGUUCACUCUGCCUCAAUAAUGAAGAAUUAUGCAGAAAUGAUAACAGAUGUGUUGUCUACUUCGCAGUGUUUUAUGAGACAGACUAGUGAUGAAUGCAGCUUUGUUAGUUUGAGGGACGUGGAACGAUGCAUGGCUGUUUUUGAAUGGUUCUUUAAGAAUCAUGUGAUGCUGCUUAAUGAGCUAAAUGCUUUUCUCUGUAAAAUUUCUCAAGGCAAAAACAAUCCACAAGAAAGAGAUCCAGUUAUCUGGUCACUGGUAAUGGCAGUAGGAGUUUGCUAUCAUGCCUGUUUGGAAAAAAAAGAAUCCUACAGAAAAAAGAUUUGUGUGCAUCUGCCUAAAUCUUACCUUGAGUCUCAGAUUCUAAAAGAAAUCUACCUAAUGCAUGAUCUUUUUCUUAAUGGUGUUUAUUUGCAAGACAAGACAAUUGCACGAAAUAAUGCAUUGAAGGAAAAUGUUUUUAUGAUGGUAAUCUGCAUUCAGCUGCGUAUCCCACUCUUCUUAGUAGGCAAACCUGGUAGCUCCAAGUCCUUAGCCAAAACAUUAGUGGCAGAUGCAAUGCAAGGCCAGGCAGCACACUCUGAUUUAUACAAGCAACUAAAGCAGAUCCACCUUGUGUCUUUCCAGUGUAGUCCUCACUCCACGCCUGAGGGCAUUAUUAACACUUUCAAACAAUGUGCUCGGUUCCAAGAGGGGAAGAAUUUGAAUGAGUACAUCUCUGUGGUUGUCUUGGAUGAAAUUGGCUUAGCUGAAGAUUCGCCCAAGAUGCCUCUGAAGACCUUACAUCCACUUCUAGAAGAAGGGUGUAUUGAUGAUGAUCCUCUCCCACAUAAAAAAGUAGGCUUUAUUGGCAUUUCCAACUGGGCUUUAGAUCCAGCCAAGAUGAACCGUGGUAUUUUUGUUUCUCGCGGGGAUCCAGAUGAACAAGAGUUGAUAGAAAGUGCUAAAGGGAUCUGUUCCUCAGACCUGAUUAUGCUUAAUAAAUUAAAAGGUCUUUUUAAAAAUUUUGCUAGAGCAUACUUAGAAAUCUGUAGCAAACAAAAUAAAGAAUUUUUUGGACUCCGUGAUUAUUACAGCUUGAUAAAGAUGAUAUUUGCAAUCACAAAAGCCUCGGGCCGGGAGCCAGGAGCGGAGGAUGUUGUAAUAGCAGUUCUGCGAAAUUUUAGUGGAAGAGAUGACAUCAAUGCAGUCCAAAUCUUCAGUGCACAUUUUAGUGACAAACUUAAUCAGGAGGCAGUUAACACAGUUGAACUUAUAAGGCAAAACAUUUAUCCCAGUCAGGAUGGAGAAUGCCGGUAUCUUCUGAUAUUGACCAAAAAUUAUGUCGCCCUUCAGAUACUUCAGCAAACACAUUUCUUGCAUCAAAACCAGCCUGAAAUUAUUUUUGGUUCCAGCUUUCCUAAAGAUCAAGAAUAUACCCAGAUUUGCCGCAAUAUCAACCGUGUAAAGAUCUGCAUGGAAACAGGCCAGACCAUUGUUCUACUGAACCUUCAAAAUCUGUAUGAAAGCCUUUACGAUGCCCUUAAUCAGUAUUAUGUGUGCCUUGGUGGACAAAAGUAUGUGGAUUUGGGACUGGGCACGCAUCGUGUUAAAUGUCGUGUGCAAAAGGACUUUCGGCUUAUAGUCAUUGAGGAGAAAGAUGUUGUUUAUAAGCAGUUCCCGAUCCCUCUUAUUAACAGGCUUGAAAAGCAUUACCUUGAUAUCAAUACAGUUCUUAAAAACAACCAGAAAAGGAUUGUCCAGGAGUUAGAGAGUUGGGUGAAUGUUUUCGUUCAUGUUGACAAUCAGCAAGUUGGCAUAUUGGAAAAACAGGCCUAUAGCCCAUCGGAUGUCUUCAUUGGCUAUCAUUCAGACACUUGCGCGUCAGUAGUUUUACAAUUGGCUCAACGACUUAAGGGAAAUUUGGAAGGUUUUGAAUUGAAAAAACAAUUAUUGGAAGAGGCUAAAAGCAUUCUGUUAAACUGUGCUACACCUGAUUCUGUAGUGAGGCUAAGCUGCACUGAAUUGUCAAAUGGGGAGACAGAACAUUGGAUAAAGGAAUACUUUGAAGUUCAGAAGCACAGCUGCCUGGCAGACUUUAUUAUUUUACGUGCAAAGCAGAAAGAUCAGAGUCAAACUGUUUUUGCUGAAGUUACUACUUUUUCUCGGCUCCUGACAGCAUGUGAUGUUGAGACUUUGGGAAGAGAUACUGCUGACAAUUACAAAAUACAGCUGCUGUCACUGCAGCAAUUUGAUACAGAACACUCAUUCUUGAGAAAAAUUAGGAUAAGUAUGCUCACCAAUAAAGCAUACCCUCGCACUCAGUCCAUAAGCAGUGACCACAUCACUAGACUCACCACCUUCACAACAAACUUCACUAGCAAUGAAUUGCUUGCCCCACUUUCUCGUGCUGUACCUCCAAUGGCCAUGCUGACCACAGUUCCUCAUCUGGAAAACUCGUAUUUCCUGGAUGAUGGGCAUAUAAACAAAAUUCUGGUCAUUCAAUCUGUCUUUGAAAAUAGUUCUCAGAGUGCUAACCUGAUUGCUUCAGCAAAAUAUGCUGCAAUGAAUGAAAUUAACAAAUGUAUUAAAGAAGAUGUAUCAGUGUUUGUUUAUUUUAUAACAAAGCUUCCAAGAAUGCAUGGUGGGACAUCAUAUGUAGGGUUUCAUGGAGGUGUUUGGAGUUCUGUUCAUAUUGAUGAUCUCAGAAAGUCAAACGAUAUAUUUUCUGAUAUUACAACUCUGAAAAAUAUGACAAUUAGUCAGUUGUUUGAAGAGAAACCUGAAGCCAUGGAAGUGGAUGACAGUGAUCAAGAGGUACAAACAUCAAAUACUUAUGAAAAAUCUAAAUCUGAAAUUAUUUUGGACACAACCUCCCUGAUUCGGAGCUGUGUACAGAAUGCGGUGGGGAUGCUCAGAGACAAAUGUGAGGAAUCCAACCGAAGCACCAAGCGUGUGCAGAUUCUGCUGGAGCUCUUGGGAGGUAGCAAAGAAAAUGAAGUGAACAAACCAAGAGAUUCAUUUUUGAAUAUCCUGAAGAGAAGGCUGCAUGGAAUGUUGGCAGAUCUGGAUGAAGCAGCAUUUUCAGCAAGUAACUGGGUUUUCAAGGAAGCAUCAAAUGUCAAUGCACUUCAUGAAGGGGGGACAUUCAGGCAAACUUUGUGGAAGCGCAUCCAGGCUGUUGUUACUCCUUUCAUGGCGCAAAUUAUAUCUGUAAUUGACAGAGACCGUAAUUUGGACUUGCUAAUUGAUAGCAAUUCUGACUUCUCUAUUAAGAAACUCUGGAUGGACAUAUUUGGAAAUGAAGAUUUACUUUGCAUUAGCUAUGAGAGAUUUAAUGUGAUUUCUGAAUCCAAAACAAUUCUUGUACAGAAUUACAUGAAUCUGGAGAAUACAUACUGCACUAUGCCAUUUAGUUGGAAGGCCAAACAUUGUCUUGAUGAUCUCUGGACAUAUGUUCUUCAAUGGAAAGGGCAUACUGAGAGGAGCUUUGAGGAGUAUUUUAGUAAAACGCCACUGGGAUGGUAUAUUUCAGCAGCCAGUGAGGAACUGCAGCAGAAACUGUUCCUGCGAUAUCUUCAGGAUUUUAUUCUGAUGACCAUGAGUGUUUCAUCAGAAAUGGAACUUGAGUUUCUGCGCCAAGCACUGUUGACUUGUGUAAACGAGCUAAAAUUGCAACAGGACAUUGAAGAACAAGUAUUUUCUCUUACCUGGGUUCAUUCUGCAUAUUACAAAUUCAAGAACCGUUUGCAGAACUUCUCAAGAAUUAUCAAUAUUUAUCCUGAAGUCCAAGAGAUUUUGAGAAACAACAUGGACACAGUGUGGGGAGGUAAAGGACAAGAAAUGGUUUUGGAUGUUACUGCUGCUGCUGCAUGUAUUGAGCUACUAGAACAACAGCAUGAAAAUAAUGAGAAUUCAAGACAAAAAUGGCUUAGUCAGGUGAAGAACUUGCGAGUCCCCAUUGAACUAAUAUGCUCGGAGGAUAUGAAGUAUUAUGGGGAAAGGUGCCAACAGUUGAUUAUCAUUGUGAGAACUGGAUGGAACCGUCUUUUUACUUUAACUUUGUUCAUGGAACAUUUACUACUGGGGAUUGAGGACCUCAGCGGCAAACUGCAGGAUGUUGUAGUGAAGCACACAAUGAGACUUGGACAUUUAUUACAAGAAAAUUCAGACUUUAAAAGUGAAAAAACUUUCCUGGGUGUGAUUGAGUUGCUUAAGACUUGUAAAGAAGAAGCUACUACAACAUGUUUCAGAUUUGGUUUACAUUCUUGCCGUAUAUGUCUGGGAGACCAAGUGGAUCCAGUAAAUUUGCAAUGCAAUCACAUUUUCUGCAAACUUUGUAUAACACAGUGGCUAAUUCCAGGUCAGAUGUUUUGCCCAAUUUGUAGAGUAGUCCUCCCUGAUGACUACAAAGUUGAGGUUUCAGAAGAAAUUCAGAAUGCAGUAAUGGUAAAUUCAAAGUUUCGAAACCGAUGCAAUGCAUUUUUUAUUGACAUGGUAACAACGUUGUGCUUUAAAGACAAUGAACCACCUACUGAAAAUAUUAUUUCUUAUCUCCUGUCCUUGCUGAUUGUCCAGACUGAAACAAGGUCAUUUACUAUUAAAGCUUGUGCAUUCUCCACCAAGGCUUUGUCUCCUUUUGAUGAUUCUGUGGACAAAAAUCCAGUUGUCAGAUCUAUUGUGCUCAAACUUUUGUUAAAGUACAGCUUUAAAAAAGUUGAAAGGUAUCUGGAAAGCCAUUUAUCUGAAGUUGAAGAAAAAAAGAUUCUGAAAGAAGAAGACAAAAAAGAACUGUAUUCCAUGUUCAUAAACUGUCUUGAGGACUCAAUGUAUGAAAAGAUGCAGUCUUACUCAGCCUUAGAAAAAGUGUCCAGCUUGGAGCAAGAAAGUGCAUUCUUGGCAAAUUGCAUCAAUAACAUCACUGCUUCACAAGAUGUUUCAAUUGAAUAUCUUCAGUCAUUAGCUCGGAUCCGUCUUUGUCUGGAUAUAGCUGUAGAGCACUUAGUAAAGCAAGCGGUUGACCCAGAUGCACAGGAUGUGAAAGGAUUUUCAUUUCUGAAAACUAUCAAAGAAUUUUGUGAUAAAAGCAACAACGACUGGUACAGAAUUUACAUGACCCGAAAAGUCUGCAGGCAGCAAGGAAUGGAAUUUCUCCAGCAUUUGUUGAGGAAAGGAUGUUUUGCUUGGAUUUUCCCUCCUGAAAUUGUUCAGCAUCAGUCUGACCAAACCAUCAAAAUGGACCCCUAUCUCAUAUGCGGAGAAGAUUAUAGAAUUUUGCGAGAUGCUGUUGGGAAGGCAAUGAUUGAAGGACAAGAUGAAGGCAUCACAGAGGCCCUUAAGAAAUGUCACAGUCCAGCAAAUAAGCAAGCAUUUUCCCUGAUUUUGGCUAUUUUCCGUGAGGUUACCAUGUUAUAUGGAGGAACAGGCACAAAUGUCCAUCCCAAAAAAGUUCAAUGUGACACAAUUUUGAAUUGCAUCACUAAACUAAAGAUAUUUGAAAAAGAUCAACUGAAGCAGUUUGCUGCUGCCUUGGUUAAAAAUGAAUUUGCGCCCAUCAUUGUCACCCCAGGACUUUCCAGCUCUCUGUCUGCAGUAUUUGAACUAACAAUUCACACUGCAGCUGUCUUGUUGUGUGGAACCAGUAAAGUUCUCACUCCUCUGCAACGGCUUGCUUUUGCUCCAAGUGAUAUGAAGAAUUCCUUUUUGCCAACUAUGCCUGAAGAUAUGCUGCAUAUUGCUCAGAAAGCUCUAGGGCCUCUACAGUGGUAUACUUGUCCAAAUGGCCAUCAUUGUACUGUUGGUGAGUGCGGAAAGCCAAUGAUAUUAGGACAAUGUGUUGACUGUGGUUCUCAAAUAGGAGGAGUACAUCACCUCCCCGUUCCAGGAUUUGUGAUAGCACAACUUGAAGGUGACCGAACCCAGACUGGCCAUGUCCUUGGAGACCCUCAAAAUAGAUUAAAUGGUGCUGUCACAGAUACAAGAGAGCUGUCUUCUGGGGAGUUUAUACUGCUGCGUAUACUAACUCAUAUGUCAAUGCUGUUGGGAGUGUCACAGGAUCUCAAUUCAUUAUCCCAGAUUAUAAAACCAGCAGUUCCAAAACCUGAUAAGUUUCUUGUUGACCAUUUGCUAAAAGACAUGGAGCAACUAACAAGAAUUUUAGGCAAAAGUGUUGAUGACAUCUCAAACAUUGUUCAUUUAGUGCUUUAUAGCCUAAUGGAUCACAAUUGUUGGCAUGCAGGAUUUGACCCGACACUUACAACCAAAGAAACAAGAAAUAACUGGGAAAAAUAUGUUGCUACAAAUAUUAUUGCAUGCAUACUCCAAAGAGUAGAUCAUCAGUUGCAGGAGGUGAAUGAAGUGAUUACAAAAGAUAUACGAAUUUACUCGAAUCCUGUAGUAAAAAUUGUGUAUGGGAACCCCAAAGCUUUCAUGACCACACUUCCAGAUGACAAUGUCACUCACUGUAAUUUAAUCUGGAACUGGAGAGAGAAAAUUACACUAGAACGCUUGUCACACAUUGUUGAGCAGAAAAAUGGCAAAGACUGCUUUCCUGUUUUGUGGAAGUUCCUACAAAAGGAAUCUGAAGUUAAACUGGUUAAGUUUCUUCCAGAACUGCUUGCCCUACAAAAGGAGCUGGUGAAAAAGUUCCAGAAUGUGACCAAUUUUAAAAACUGUACAAUUGCACAAUUCAUUCAGAGUCACCAAACAGAAUCAACACGAGACUUGUACGAGAGAAGAAUACAGAACUUUCUGAGAGUAUGGAAUUGGCUAAGAACCUCUUUGGCUACUAAUGGUGAAAUUAAAAUCCCAGAAGAAUACUGUAAUGAAGACUUAAACUUGGAAAGUGAUUUUCAGGUGCUGCUGCCAAAGCGUCAAGGCCAGGGUCUGUGCUCCACAGCCUUAGUGAGCUACCUCAUUGCUGUUCACAAUGAUCAGGUCUACAGUGUAGAAAAGUUCAUUGGAGAAACACAAAAAUACUCUGUAAAUCCAUUUGAUGUGAAUGACAUUCAUGUGAUUAGAUAUGAGGUAGAAAGAGAUUUGAUCCCUCUGAUUUUAUCAAACUGUCAAUACACUAUGGAAAGUGGAAAGGAAACUCUGCCAGAAUAUGAUUUGCCAAAGAUUGAACAGCAUUUGAUGCAUAGGUUUCUCAUGGGUAAACCUUUCAUUACCCUAACUGGAAUACCUACAUUGGCCAACAGAUAUGACAAAAAAUAUGAAAAUAUAUUCAAAGAUAUAAAACGCAAGCUCCCUCAGACUUCCCUUCCAAAUUUGAUCAUUACUACUCUAAGUGGAGAGUUUCAGUCAUACAAUGAUGUUUGUGAUGCACUAUCAGUUGUUGAAGUGGCGCUGGGAUUCUUGGCUAUGACUGGUGGCGAGCCAGAUAUGCCACUGGUGAGGUACAUUGAAGACAUCCUGCAAAUGAGAGAUCAGAUAGCCGCCUGUAUUCUAAAGGCAUUAAGCAGAUGUUACUUAAAACAUAUAAUAGCACUAUGGCAGCUUUUAACAACUAGAAAGUCACAGUGGAUGUUGCAACUAAAACUGGACCCUUUCAUUGAGCUGAGUUCUGAGUAUAAGCAGCCCCUUUCAGACAAUGACCAAAGUCAUCUCACUGCCUUCCUCAUGCAGAGCAAUGUGGAUAUCUUUCUUCUGGAAAUAAACGAGUUUAUGCUGCUAAACCUAAAAAGCGUUCAAGCCUUGGACACUUUCAAACCAAUAUGGAACCUGAAGCACACCCUAAUUGCCUAUGUUGAAAGAAAAGACCAAGAAGCACCACCAGAGAUUGAGGAUUUGCCUGAACAAAUCUUGCUGUCUCACAUUGUUGAAGCCUGGAAAUUAGCUGUUGCCACCAAACAAAAUAGAUUAUAGAAGCAAAUGGUAUCCUGUAACAAUCUUAUUUUUAUUUCUGUAUAUUUCAGCAGGGUUGCAGGGUUUGUAGUACUAGAGUAAAUGAGUAAAUGAGAACCUACAGUCUGGAUUUGUUCUGUAGUAGUAGAAAGCACAUAAACCUUUGUCUAAAUAUUCUUUUAACUCAAAACAAUAACUUGUUUUUGCACCUAAUUUUUUUUCUGCUGAAUGCACUUACUUUUUCCUCAUAACAGAGUUUAUGGUCAGUUUCAGAAUAAACAAAGAAAGCUCUCUCUAUGAUCACUCCAAUCUAUUCAGGUCUAAUUUGUAACAUUAUUGCAAACUGUAUAUGACCACAAGAAUUAUUGCACUUAACAAUUACUUGAAAUUAUAAUUUUGCCCCAAAUGUGCUUCAUUGUAAUUGCUCACUGCAUUUAUUGGUGUUUAAUCUUUAAGUUACACCAUGCUAACAGUAGUUUCCAUUGCUUAGAUAUAUGCAGUCCUGUUAAGGUAAGAUACAGAACCACCAGCGUCACUCUUGAUUGUGUUGAAUUACUAUCCCAUUUAUUGCUCUCUGUCCUGUGAUAUACUGCACAUUUGCACUUAAUUACAUCUGUUAGUUUUUGGGCAGUUUUUGUACCACUUUUCUUACAAAAAAACGUUAAUUAUUAAAUGUGCAAAUAAUUCCUAACUUGACCACUGCACCUGAAAUUGAUGUA